AUGGAGGAGAACGGGCGCGCGGUGGAGCUGCUGCAGGAGGCGCUGCAGACGCUGCAGAACGAGGCCAACGCGGCCGGCGGCGCCGCGGGGCCCCGCGGCCACAACGGCGUGGCGUCGACGCGCGCCGAACUGCGCUCGCUGCACUUGUGGCGCGCCAUCAUCGCCGAGUGCGUCGGCGCCUUCCUCUUCGUGCUGCUCGUGUGCGGCGCCGCCGCCCACCACGCCGACGCCACGGCCCUCGCCAUCGGCGCCGCCGCCGCCGCACUCGUCCUCUGCUUCGACGCCGUCUCCGGCGCACACCUGAGCCCGGCGGUGACCUUCGCCCUGGCAGCAACCAGAAACAUUUCGCCCAUCAGGGCCGUCAUGUUCAUCGCCGCGCAGUGCGGCGGCGGAAUCGCCGGCGCCGCCCUCCUCUACGGGAUGAGCGCGAGCCCCGGCAUGCUGCAGCUGGCGGUGCUGCCAGGUGCCACCUCCGCCGCGCCCUGGCAGCUGUUCACGCAGGAGGUCGUGCUCACCUUCCUCGUCGCCCUCUGCUACUUCGUCUCCAGCGGCGCCGCCAAGGCGCCCGCCGUCGGCGCCGCCUACCUCGCCGCCACCCUCACAGCAACGCAGGCACCUGCGUUGAACCCUGCGAGGGCGCUGGGCCCGUCGUUCGUGCUGCACAGGUGGGAGGCCCACUGGGUCUUCUGGGUGGGGCCGCUGCUGGGCGCCCUGCUCGCCGGAGCCCUCUACGAAUUCAUCCUGAACCCUAGCAAGUUCAGCCAACGCAACAAAGGCUCGAGCUACGCAGACUCGUCUAGCGUGCGUAGCGACCCUGACAACUAUGAGGACCUGGACAAGGGCUGCGCCUACAACAGCCUCAGGAAUCGACAGCCCAUCAGCCCCAUUUCACCAGGCUUGGCGAGCGCGAGCAACUACUGCCUGAACAUCAAGAGCGCGGCGGCGGCGAACGCGGAGCCGAUCUACUCGCCGCGCUCCAUGUACAGCAAGUCGCCGGCGCUGACCAGGGCGAACCUGAACCGCAGCCAGUCGGUGUACGCCAAGUCUCCGCCGGGGCCGCCGCCGGGGAUGGGCGUGCCCGGCAGGGCGCCACUGUCGCCCGCGCAGUCGCUUUACCCUGGCAUGGUGUGCCGCACGUUCAACGUGCCACGCCCCUCGCACACGAGCGUCUACCAGCUCAGGUCGCAGCCGCACGAGCCCAUCUACGGCCAGCGGCAGCCGUCCGCCAGCCCCGAGUCCUCCUCCUACGGCUCCUACAAGCUGCCCGCCAAGCCCCCAAGGGACUUUUCCUCCCUCAACUCGCCCGCUGUCAAUUACUGAAAAUUCCGACUGAGCAAAGAAUGUCAACCAUUUAGUUUUUUUUUUUACUUUCGUCAUCGCAAGGAUUUCUCCUUCAAAACAGCUGAAGAGGGGGGCGUAACCAAGAGAAUAGUACAUGGCGGCGCGGACAUUCCGCUAAUAGGGGGCGUGGUGCGCCAUGUUUAUUGUUUUCCCUUGGCAACGCCCCCUCUUCAGCUGUUUUGACGCACGAAACAUCCCAAUUGUAAGAAAACUGGGAAAACUAUUCAAAUUUUGUCGUGUCAGUCUUCCAAUUUAGUUUAAGACUGUCUUUGUCGAUUUCUCUGAGCCCAAAAAUCGAUUCCUGAGGGUCAAAUUAGGUACAGAGGACGUUUUUCCGACCAAAAAAUCCAGAACGACGUGCGAAUUUUUUUCCCGCCAAAAAAAUUCGCACGUUUUUAACGGAAAAAAGAUACAUUUUGACCAAUUCGACCCUCAGGAAUCGAUUGGUGAGCUCAGAAAACGUGUCAGAGACCUUCUUUAAGGAGAGCGAUGGUUGCAAAUAUUAUUCCUAGCGGACGAUGCAUUUUUAAUUUUAUUUCUGCGUGUUUGAGGAAUCGGCUAUCACUGCCCAGGCAAAAAUCGGUCUGCAGAUACGUGCUGCACUCGAAUUAAAAGACAAAAUUUGUAAUUCUAGCCUGCAAUUAAAUUUAGGAAAACAUUCCCGGCCAGCGCCCUUUGACCGCCUGGAAACGCGAUUAAAAACCUAGUUCAACGAUUUACCGCGGUGCUCAAUUUUGAGAAAUUCCAAAAGCUGCGUAAUUUAUGUAAGAAAGUGUACAAACUGCGACGGUAUUUACUCAAUCCUAGGCUAGGACUCUUGCAUUAUUUUAUUUUGUAAAUCCAAAGAAGUAUUUAUACGGACUGCCUCUUUUAUACAAAGAUUUUCUGUAAUAAAACGAGCUUCGAAUACGAA